UCCAGCCGCCUGCGGUACCUGAUCCAUCGCACCGUGGAGAACAUGGAAUUGCUGAGCAGCUUCUCGGUGGGCGAGGGCUGGAGGAGGAGGACGGUCAUCUGCCACUCGGCCGUCAGGCUGCCYGGCGACACCAGGAGUGACCCCAAAGCCGGGCCUAACGCGCCGCGGGGCCAGCGGCCGGCGCAGCCCUGGGGACGGGGUGGCCGCGGGCUCCGGCCCCGCCAGCUYGGGGACAGCCACGGGGACAACGCCCGCGGCUCCGUGGGCUCGGGCAGGAUCACGAGGCCGCCGCGCAGGAAACCGGACAAAGCCCUGUUCGUGGCCAGAGGGAGCCGGAAAAAGGCGAAUUGGAGGGAGCGGGAGCCGGAGGGGGACGGCCCUGAAAAUCCCGUCUGGAACAGCCAGCGAGAGCGGGGAAUGGAUGGGGACAGCCCUGAAAAUCCCAUAGGGAACAGCGAACGGGGAAUGGAUGGAGGCGGCCCCAAAAAUCUCAUUGGGAAGAGCUGGAGGGAACGGGGAACGGACGGGGACAGCACCGAAAAUCCCAUUGGGAGGAGCUGGAGGGAACGAGGAACGGAUGGAGGCAACCCCGAAAAUCCCAUUGGGAGCAGGCAACAGGAACGGAUGGGAACAGAUGGGAGCGGCCCCGAAAAUCCCAUCGAGAACAGGCAGCGGGAACGGGAAAUGGAUCGGGAUGGCCCCGAAAAUCCCAUCAGAAACAGGCAGCGGGAAUGGGGCACAGAUGGGGAUGGCCCCGAAAAUCCCAUCGGGAACAGGCAGCGGGAACGGGAAAUGGAUCGGGACAGCCCUGAAAAUCCCAUUGGAAACAGCGAAUGGGGAAUGGAUCGGAAUGGCCCUGAAAAUCCCAUCAGGAACAGGCAGCGGGAACAGGGAAUGGAUGGGGACAGCCCCAGAGGUGUCCCUGGAAAAGGAGGGAGCGAUUUGGGAGAAGGCGGCGCCGAGCAUCGUCCGUGCCGCGAGAACGCGGCGUCCUUUGGGAACGGCGGCGAUUCCCGGGAACGGGAACAGCGGGAACAUCAGGAUCAUCGGGAUCGGGACUGGCCCCGUUCCCGCCCGGCUGAUGGAGACGAGCGAGAUCCCAGCCAUGUUCCGGAAAGCUCCGUCCCGUCGGAAAAGCACGGAAUGGGCCGGACGGAGCGGGGCGGGGCAGAGCUGGAAACCCAAAAUGCCACCGCUGCUCCGAGCCUGGAGAGCUCCGGGAACGCCGAGGAAACGCGGAGAUUUUCCAUGCGGGAAAUUCAUGAGUGGGAGAAUCCCGAGACCAGUGAGGAGAGAUCGGAAUGGAGCCAGGAGAGAUUUGGGACCGGCCAGGAGAGAUUUGGGAUUGGCCAGGAAGAGCCAAAACCUCCCCAAAACCUCGAGGAAGGC